AUGGCAACGAAGCGCAUAGGCAAUCAUUCGAAUGACAUCGUCGCAUAUUUUCACAGAGAGGAAGUCGGCAACUACCACUACGGGGAGCGACAUCCUAUGAAACCGCAUCGACUGACGUUGACCAACCACCUGGUGAUCUCGUAUGGCCUGAAUCAAAAGUUGGACAUGUUCGAGCCUCGCAUAGCAACAGAGGAAGAGAUUAUGAGCUUCCACUCGGCAGAUUACAUCGACUUUCUCAAGAAAGUGACACCGGAGAACAUGAACAAUUUCAGCAAGCUAUUCAGUCGAUACAACGUUGGAGACGACUGCCCUGUGUUUGACGGCAUGUUCGACUUUUGUAAGAUCUAUUCAGGAGCAACCAUCGACGCAGCACGCAAGCUGACCAACGGAUCUGUGGAUAUAAGCAUCAACUGGUCAGGAGGCCUUCACCAUGCGAAACGAGUCGAGGCAUCUGGCUUCUGCUAUGUCAACGAUAUUGUCCUUGGGAUCUUUGAGCUGUUGACGCGAUACCCUCGGGUAUUGUAUGUGGAUAUCGACAUCCAUCAUGGAGACGGCGUUCAGGAGGCAUUUUAUACGACAGACCGGGUCAUGACCGUUUCUUUCCACAAGUACAAUGGCGACUUUUUCCCUGGAACAGGAGAUAUUGAUGAAGUCGGAAGCGGUAUCGGGAAACACUACUCAUUGAAUGUGCCCUUGAAGGAUGGCAUCGAUGAUGAGUCGUACAUAUACUUAUUCAAGUCGGUCAUGGAGGCGGUUAUCAAUUCUUUCAGGCCAUCGGCGAUCGUAUUGCAGUGCGGGGCGGAUUCGUUGGGGUGUGAUCGAUUGGGAUGUUUCAACUUGUCCAUCAAGGCGCAUGGGGAGUGUGUCAGAUUUAUUAAGGACUUCAAGUUGCCGUUGCUGGUCCUCGGAGGAGGCGGAUACACAAUUCGCAACGUAGCUCGGUGCUGGGCGUAUGAGACUUCUAUCCUGGUCGAUCAUGAAGUCUCAAACGAUCUUCCAUACAAUGAGUACAUUGACUAUUUCGCGCCUGAUUAUAAGCUCCACCCACAUCUGUCGGGCAAGGUCGAGAACAUGAACACACGCCAGUAUAUCAGAAAUCUACGAAUCAAAGUCCUGGAGCAUUUGCGGUUCCUGAAUGGUGCGCCAAGUGUUCAAAUGCAGGAAAUCCCACCGGAUAUCCAGGGGUUUCUGGAGAUGAAUGACGAGGAGGAAGCAGAAUUGAUGGCGGAUUCUGCAAAGGGCAAGGAAGAGAAGGAAAAGCAGCGAGGGCGGGAUCACACAAACGAGUAUUAUGACAACGAACAAGAUGUUGACCUCGACAUGGAUAUUGAGGGUUGA